ACUGCGAAUACCACAGAGUCAGAAGGGAAAUUAGAAGAAAUAACAAAGCAACCAUUAGACAAGCAUUGGAAUUUAUUGGGGCCUUACUUGGGUCAAUAUGUUGUAUACACUAGCAAAGACGCAGCCCAUUUAUUAUCUAACAGUACAAGCAGUAAGUUUGCACAGAGCAUUAUCACCCGCUUUACAAGCAAACAAAAUGUGAGAGGAACGAAAUUGGUUAGAGGAUACCCGGCUGUGGAAGAAUAUAUCUCCAAAAAGUCCAUUACAAAGCUAUCAAAGAAAAAGAGUCAUCACCAGCAAAACGAAAAACAUCAGUUAGAAGAGAAUGAAGUUAACGAUUAUGAGAAUGAGUAUAGUGAGGAAGAAGUCAGAAAGAUCGAUCAUCUUAUGUUUGUUAUCCAUGGCAUUGGUCAAAAAAUGACAGAAAGAACAGGACAAACAUUUGUCCACGAUGUAAAUGUAAUGAGGAAAACGAUUAAAACAGUUUAUAAUGCAGCGAUAUCUACAACAUCCACACCGAAUAAACCCAACGGUAUCCAAGUAUUACCCAUCAUGUGGAGACAGGACAUCAAAUUCGGUAUGGCAGCAGAUGAUGAAGAAGAAGGGACAGAAGCUGAUCUAGGUACGGUCGGAACAGAAGAUGGUCGUCCUACAUUGGAUGAACUGACAUUGGAUGGUGUUCCUAAUUUAAGGACAGUGGUCUCUGACGUCCUAAUGGAUAUCCCUUUGUAUAUGACGCCACGAUAUCGUGAAAUGAUGACCCAGAUCAUCUCGACCGAAAUCAACCGAGUCUUUAAACUCUUCAUCGAUCGGAAUCCUGAGUUCCUGGAACAGGGCAAGGUAUCUAUAUUUGGCCAUUCACUAGGGGUAAGAUUGAACAAAGUUAAAGUCGGAUAA